AGGAUUUCUUGGCAUCCCCUGCCUUUAACCAUGGAUAUUGGGUCAACAUCUCAAGAGAAAGCCAGGUUUUUUGCCGGUGCAUGUGGCAGGUUUAAGGCCUUGCCUGGUCAGUUGAUGGCCAGAAUUAUAUCAAUUGCCAAGAGCAUCAAAAAGCUUGGGCAAGAUGACCCAAGAAGGCUCAUUCACUCCUUCAAAGUGGGACUUGCUCUCUCCUUGGUGUCAUUGUUGUACUACGCUAGGCCUCUCUAUGAUGGUUUUGGGGUGGCUGGAAUGUGGGCAGUGCUAACAGUUGUGGUUGUAUUUGAAUUUACAGUAGGUGGAACUCUAAGCAAGUGCUUGAAUAGAGGCUUCGCAACAUUUCUAGCUGGUGGCCUUGGGAUUGGAGCAGAUUACUUUGCAAGCUUAUUUGGAAAGCAAGGAGAACCCAUUGUCCUGGGGAUCCUUGUUUUUGUACUAGCUGCAGCAGCAACAUUUUCAAGGUUUUUCCCAAGGAUCAAGGCAAGAUAUGAUUAUGGGGUUUUGAUAUUUAUACUGACCUUCAGCUUGGUAGCUGUUUCGGGGUACCGAGUGGAUGAAUUAGCAGUGCUAGCUCAUCAAAGACUAUCGACAAUUAUAAUGGGGGGAGCAACUUGUAUGCUUAUAUCCAUUUUUAUUUGUCCAGUAUGGGCUGGUGAAGAUCUUCACAAGGCAGUCGCUUCCAACCUGGAAAAGCUUGCUACUUACCUAGCAGGAUUUGGAGACGUAUAUUUCCAAUCGUGUAAAGAUGAAGGGAGUGGUGUGGGUUCAAAGGAUGGCAAUGGCAAGUCAUUUCUUCACCAGGGAUAUAAAAGUAUUCUAAACUCAAAAAACAGUGAAGAAUCUUUGGCAAAUUUCGCAAGAUGGGAGCCUGGACAUGGCCGCUUCCCACUUCGUUAUCCGUGGAAACACUACUUGAAGAUUGGAGCUCUGGCUCGACAAUGUGCCUAUCAGAUUGAAGCUAUUAAUGGCUGCAUUAAUUCUGAUAUCCAGGCAUCAGAAGAGUUCAAAAGUAAGAUUGAAGGACCAUGUUCUAGAAUGAGUUCAGAAUGCGGUAAGGCAUUAAAAGCAUUAGCCACAUCCAUGAAAACGAUGACAGAUCCUUCCUCUGCGAAUCCCCAUGUAGAGAACUCCAAAGCUGCCAUGAAAGACCUCAAAUUUGCUCUCAAAGCUUCCUCCAUGGAGAAUGCAGACUUCCUAGCAAUAGUGCCGGUCGCCACGGUGGGUUCUGUCCUGGUUGAGAUAACCAAAUGCAUUCAGAAAAUAUCGGAAGCAGUCCAUGAACUUUCCCAACGAGCUCAUUUCAGCAAGACUGUGGAACCAACUGUUUCACCGGAGAAACCACAGCAACAGCAGCAGCUGCUUCACCGGGGAAUAGUCCGACCAGUUCCGGACACUUCUGACGAUGGGAAUAGCGACGAUGUUGUCAUCACAAUAGAAGAAAUCACCACCGAUUCGCCGGAGAAGGGAAAGCCCGAUCAGCAUCGGGUGCUAAAGCCUGGCCAAGUGUAAAUAUUUGUUGCUGACAUGUGACUAGCUAGGUUUUUUUUUCUUUGCUAGUGUAAGCCCCAUUUUUUAAUAUGGGGCAGUAAUUUGAAGAAACAGGAAGAAUUAUUUUUCAAAUCCUUCCCUGCUUUGUAUUAAUUCAAUCUCCUUUUGAAUUGGCAGUCCAAUAUUAUGUUGUGCUGUUUAUAGUA